AUGUCUGCUGGUAUGGUAUUUGUCUGGACACAUAAGCUCAUUCAAGCUGAUGUCGUUCGUACUAUGUAUCAACUAGAUUGUCGAUAUGUUGAGAACCUGGUUUGGUUUAAAAAGUCUGUUAAUAAUGGACAUCUCGAUGAACCAAGCCCUUAUUUUAGUGCUACAAAAGAAAUCUUACUCAUGUUUAAGAAGGGAGAUGGGUUUGAGAUGAGACAUCAACGUUCCUCUGAUGUGAUUAUUGAUUUCGAAAGACCAUCGACUGAAUGGAUUCAAGAUGAAUUUACAGGGCCCAAACCUCCAAGCAUCUAUGAAAUGAUAGAGACACUACUACCAAAAGCAGGCUAUGAUGAAUCCAUAGGAAGAGGCAGAUUGCUAGAACUAUGGGCUAAGAAAAAGGGACCACGCCGAGAAGGUUGGAUUGCUAUCCAUCAAAACAAGUCGAAAUAA